GAGGAGGCGUUGGCUGCAUGUUGAAGAUGAAACCGAUUUCAUCUUGGCUCACUGCUUUGCUAUUACUGACCUCUGCUAUGCCUGGCUCAUCAGGCAGUCUGUUUAGUCAGGAGCCUGGCUUCAGGGUUACGUUCACCAAGAAAGGGCUUGACUAUGUUUUUGGACCUGUUUUGAGGGACGGACUGCUGCAGCUGAGCAUACCCGACAUUCAGGAGGAAAAUAAAGUGAAAGUUGUCGGCAAAGUGAAGUAUUACCUCACCGAGAUAACAGUUGGUGACGUGGGUGUCCCCAGUACUUCUCUGGAGGCCAGGGAUGACCAGCUGAUGAGAAUCCACAUCUCAGGCAUGUCUCUGGCCAUGCACGCCAAGUGGAAGUACAAACAGAAGAGCUGGCCUAAAAUUGGGGAUGACGGCACCGUGGACUUGAAGGCGAAGGACAUGUCACUGAGUCAGACUGUGUCAGUGAGGAAUGAUGGUAGCGGGCGGCUAGUGGUACUGGCUGCAGACUGCUCCUUUGACGUCAGGAAGAUCUCAGUCAAGUUCCAUGGAGGAGCAAGCUGGCUGUAUAAUCUGUUCACCUCGUUCAUUGAGGGGAAAAUCAAAGAUCACCUAAGGAGUCAGGUGUGUAAGAUGGUUACGGGAAAGAUUAAUGAGUUUGGUAAAGAACUCCCGACUACUCUACCUGUGAGUAUUCAGGUGAGUGAUGGAGUUGAGGUGAGCUGUGCCAUUCUUGGAGAUCCUGUCUUGUCAUCUUCCUACCUUCUCACCAACCACGACGGUGAGUUUAUGUCAGCAGAGCAUUCUCAAGAAGUCCCCAUCUCACCUGCUUCCCUCCCUGCUGCGUCCAGUGUCGAUCCGACUAGUAAGAUGGUGUUCAUAUGGCUCACCAGCUAUACCUUUGACACGGCUGCCUACAUAUACAAGGGAGCAGCAUACAUGGACUAUAGCAUUAAAAACGAAGAGGUACCAAAUGUUCUACUUAAAACCACUGCAGACUAUAAGUCAAUCGUUCCAGAGCUGUAUCGACGGUUUCCCAACAAAGAUGUGGAGUAUAUAAUGGAGACCAAGCAGCCACCUUCUUUACUACUGUCUCGGGGCCAAGCCAGAAUUGUUGGGGAGGCAGAGGCUAGUAUCUUGGUUGUAGAGUCUGGUGUGACCCCUCAGCUAGCCUUCUCACUGACAGUGUCAGUGCAGUGUGAUGUUGAGUUUGAGAUUCAGACCAGAUCCAGUGGACAGGUUAUUGCUGGGGAUAUCACAUCGUUCACAACCGAAAUAUCAAAUAUCGAUUCCGUUAUAGGAGAAAUAGACCCAACACCCUUUCAAGAACUCCUACACACCAUGGUACAGUUUAUGGCCAUCCCUCACAUCAACCAGACAGCAAGUCGGAGCGAUCCCCAAGACCUCGCAUGAAGUUCCGAGUGAAGAAACCAAACAUUGGCAGCUUCACGCAGAAGAUCAAAAACAAGCUCAAGAAAGAUUUGGCAGUGUUUGGAGUCACAGUGGAGGUGGCCAUCCAGCGCAGCACACUAGGCACAGACCAGCUGGAGCUGCCCACUGUUUUCAGACAAUGCAUUGACUUCUUAGAGGAACACGGUGUCAACCAUCAGGGUGUAUACAGGUUACCAGGAGUCAAAUCAAAAGUCGAAGAGCUCAAAUCUCACUUUGAUAAAGGUGAAGUGUUGGACCUGUCGGAGCAGGAUCCCAACACAGUGGCCAGUCUCCUGAAACUCUACCUCAGAGAACUGCCUGAGCCUCUCAUUCCCCGCUCCUCUCUCUCCGGCCGCAUUGACAGCAUCUCUGACCUGUUAGAGGAGGAGCAGUCCGAGAUACUGCGAGAGGUAGUGGACACCAUCCAGACACCGAACCGCCUACUGCUCAGUUGGCUACUUGAACACAUGACCCACAUCGUCGGCAAGUCGGGAGUGAACAAGAUGACGCUGCCCAACAUGGUGAUUGUGUUCAGUCCAACCCUCCAACUCCCAGCUCAUUUCCUCCACACUCUCUACAACCACAGACACAAUCUCUUUGGAGAUGUACCACUCACCAGGUUUGAAAAGCCGGCGUGGUCAGGAAGAGCAACAGUAAACAGAUUGAAAUAGUCAACAUAGACCUCCUGGAGACCGAGCAAGAUGUCAAUACUGAGUUGGACAGACUAACCGCUCUGCUGAUGAAGAGACACUCCAAGGUGGCCGGAAGGUUCAACUCUAGGGAGGAAGAUAUGUGGAUAUUGCAGAGGAACAUCACUGCACUACGGAGGAAGAAAAAAGCUAUUCAGAAAUCAAAUAAAGACAUUGAAAGAGAAGCAGAAGACGAGUUUAUGAAGACACUUCUGCUAAUGGAAGCGACUCUCAAAGCUGAGAAUGAGGAGCUGUUGGAGCGAAAGGCACAGCUGCAGGAGGCGAUAAAGAAAGAGGCAGAACUAAUAGACCAGUACAAAGUGGAGAUGAAGAAAUUUCCCAGGAGAAGUGUGAGAUUUCCAUCUGUCAACGACGAAGAAUCGGGAGAUGAGGCAGAGCUAGCAAAGAAGAUAGCAACUUUGAAAUGGCACAGCAAAGAGAUGGAGAUGAGAAACAAGAACCUGGUCCAGAGCAUUAGGGAGGAAGAUGUGGCCAUCUUAAACCUCAAAGUGAAGCUGAGAGUAUUGCCUUUCUCAAAGGAAUUACAAGUAGAGCAGGACUGACCUAAUCACUCACUCAUUCACUUGCUCACUCUAGCACCUAAAUCACACGUUCUUCUGUAAAGUUUCAAUCGCAUUCACGUUUCAUGUCUGUGUGUGAAGAUAUGACGCAGCGCGCGCAUGACAUGUCGUUUGCGCAUGCGUGCUGAUCUGGG